AUGGAGGAAAUCAGCUGGAUCAUCGUCGCCGCCGUCAUCACCUCCCUGACCCUCGUACUCUGUAAAACCCUCCUCUUCAAGCCCUCACACAGCAAGCUCCCACCAGGACCAUUCUCCAUCCCAAUCAUCGGCACCUUCCUCUGGAUGCUGAGAAGCAAAGGAUUCUCCGACCUGGAACCAGCACUCGUUAAGCUCCGCGCCAGGUACGGCUCCAUCAUCAAAAUCCGCAUCUUCUCCCGUCCGGUCAUCUUCAUCUCCUCCCACUCCUUAGCCCACCAAGCCCUCAUCCAGGACGGCGCCGUUUUCGCCGACCGGCCGCCGGCUCCCCCUGUCUCCAAAAUCGUCUCUUCCAACCAGCACAACAUCAGCUCCGCCUCCUACGGCAUCACAUGGCGCCUCCUCCGCCGCAACCUCACUUCCCAAAUCCUCCACCCUUCCCGCGUCAGGUCCUUCUCCCGCGCUCGCUCCUGGGUCCUCCAAAUCCUCCUCCGCCGAAUCCGGAACCAUCACAACCAAGAACAGAGCAGCCUGAGGUUGAAAGAUCACAUCCACCACGCCAUGUUCGCCCUGCUGGUGCUCAUGUGCUUCGGCGACAGGCUGGAGGAGGAUCAAAUCCAUGAGGUGGGACGAGUUCAGAGGAGGAUGCUGCUCGGAUUCCGUCGCUUUCAGAUACUCAAUCUCUGGCCGAGCAUCACUAAAUUCCUCCUCCGUCGCCAAUGGAAGGAAUUUCAUCAGCUUCGUCAUGAACAGCAUCAGGUCCUUCUCCCUCUAAUCAGAGCCAGGACGGAAAAAUUUGGAAAAGGGGAGGGGGAAGAAGAACAAGCACGUACCUGCUACGUGGAUUCAUUGCUCGAGAUGGAGCUACCAGACACUGAUGGUAACGGAGAGCAGAGGAAGAGGAAGCUCAACGAGGGGGAAAUUCUGGGCUUGUGCUCCGAGUUCCUCGACGGAGGGACUGACACGACUACAACAGCAUUGGAGUGGAUCAUGGCGAACUUGGUGAAGUGCCCUGACGUUCAGGAGAAGCUGUUUCGGGAGGUUGAAAGCGCAGUGGUGGAAGGAAGUGAAGAGGUUUUUGAGGAGGAUUUGGGGAAGAUGAGGUACCUGAGAGCCGUGUGCUUGGAAGGAUUGAGGAGACACCCGCCGGGUCAUUUCGUGCUGCCGCAUUCGGUGACGGAGGAUACGGUGCUGGACGGCAAGUUUGUGAUCCCCAAGAACGCUGCUGUUAACUUCAUGGUGGCGGAGAUGGGGUGGGAUCCUAAGGUCUGGGAGGACCCCAUGGCGUUCAAGCCGGAGAGGUUCCUCGAAGGUGGUGGUGGUGAGUUCGAUUUGACCGGAAGCAAGGAGAUCAAGAUGAUGCCGUUCGGUGCUGGGAGAAGGAUGUGUCCUGGGUAUACUCUGGCGAUGCUGCAUCUCGAGUACUUUGUGGCUAAUCUUGUGAGGAACUUCAAGUGGGAAGCUGCAGGGGAGGUUGAUCUGGCGGAGAAGCCUGAGUUUACCGUUGUUAUGAAGCACCCGCUCGAAGUCAAGUUGUCCCCUAGGGUUCGAGCCUCGUCGUCGUAG